CCUCCUCCUCCUCUCCCUCUGUAUUUAUGUCAAGCUCAGUCACAGCUCACCCACUCUCAGCUUACUGUUAAUAAGAGCACAAUCAUGGCCGCUAACAGGGUGAUCGUGUAUGGCGGAAGAGGCGCUCUGGGCUCCAAGUGUGUCCAACAUUUCAAAUCCAACGGCUGGUGGGUCGCUUGCAUCGACAUGGCUGUUAACGAGGAGGCGAACGAAAACGUGAUAGUGAAGAUGAGCGAGUCUUUCACUGAGCAGGCUGGACAGGUGACGGCAGACGUGGCCCAGUUGCUAGGGGACCAAAAAGUGGACGCCAUCCUGUGUGUGGCAGGAGGAUGGGCAGGAGGAAAAUGUAGUUCCAAAGAUUUGUACAAAAACGCAGAUCUGAUGUGGAAGCAGAGCGUGUGGACCUCCACUAUCUCCAGCCACCUCGCCGCUCUGCACCUAAAACCAGGCGGACUGUUGACUUUGGCCGGAGCUAAAGCGGCUCUCUCGGGGACCGGAGGCAUGGUCGGGUAUGGCAUGGCCAAAGCUGCCGUCCACCAGCUGUGUCGGAGUCUAGGAGCAGAAAACAGUGGGAUGCCAUCAGGAGCCGCCGCUGUGGCCAUAUUACCGGUUACCUUGGAUACGCCGAUGAACAGGAAGUUCAUGCCUGACGCAGAUUUCGGUUCCUGGACGCCGCUGGAGUACAUCGCAGAACUCUUUUUCAACUGGGCCACCGGGAUGAGCCGGCCGGCCUCAGGAAGCCUGAUGCAGCUGCUGACCUCCGGAGGGGAAACCCAGGCUGUGGCCGCUCCGUAGAGGACAGAGUGGAGCUGCAGAGAUGUUGAUGAGAGG